AUGGAUAGUCAAAGGCUUGAAGUGAAGGCUUACUUGAUAGCUGAAUAUGAACUUUUUAAACAAUUGGUAUUACCACUACUUGAUUUAACCCAAACAGAUAAUAACAAGGAAAAAAAUGUAUUAUUAGCUAUCAUAUAUACAUCUCCUGUUCAAGAUUCUGAAACUAAUAAAGAAAUUCAAAUUUAUCUCGCCCUUCCAAAAAUUUCAA